UUUUGAAUUGCAGGUAUAUGCCGGUGAUACCGAUGCUGCUAGUGAACGGCGCCGAAGGCAUAGGUACUGGCUGGAUGACGAAGAUCCCGAACCACAAUCCGCGCGAAAUCGUUGCCAACAUCAAGCGCAUGAUGCAGGGCGAGGAGCCGCUGCCGAUGAAGCCGUGGUACAAGAACUUUCUGGGCGAAAUCGAUCCGCUCGGCUUGGAGAAGUUUGUGGUGAACGGCGAGGUGGGCAUCAUCAGCGACACUCGGCUUGAGAUCACAGAGCUGCCGGUCGGCACCUGGACGCAGAACUACAAGGAGUCGGUGCUCGAGCCGAUGCUGCAUGGUGCCGACAAGACGCCAGCUUGUAUCACUGAAUACAAGGAGUACAACACAGACGCCACAGUAAAGUUUGUCAUCACAAUGUCAGCUGAUAAGCUCGCGCAAGCUGAAAAUGAAGGCCUGCACAAGUUUUUCAAGCUGCAAACACUCAUCAACAGUUCUAUUAUUCAACAGGCUUUUGUUCAACCGCGCCAUACUCUUCUAAAGACUAGUGAACUUUGUGCGUUUGACAAAGACAACUGUUUGAAGAGAUACACCUCGGCGAUUGAAGUGCUGAAGGAAUUUUUCCCCGCAAGGAUGUUGUACUACGAGAAGAGGAAAGACAAUAUGGCCGGCACUCUCGAAGCCGAAACUAGAAAAUUGUCCAACCAGGCAAGGUUCAUCUGUGAGAAGUGCGAUGGCACACUGGUCAUUGAGAACAAGAAGAAGAAGGAUAUGGUGGCCGAAUUGAUUCGCAGGAAACUCGACCCGGAUCCAGUCAAAGAAUGGAAGAUGAAGAAAGACAGAGAAGCUGCUCUGGAGGAGGCAGCUGCGGCUCCCGGCUUGUCGCAGACUGAUGAUGAUGGUGGUGAAGGGGAUGAAGAAGGGGAGGAGCGACAGAACACCCUGGACAGUAACUUCGACUACCUGCUCGGCAUGGCAAUGUGGAACCUCACCAAGGAGAAGAAGGAUGCGCUCAUUCAGAAGAAGGACGAGAAGCAGCAGGAGUACAGUAUUCUGCUGGGAAAGACCCCGCAGGACCUGUGGGUGGCCGAUCUCGAUACGCUCAUCGAAAAGCUGGACGAAUACGAGGCAAAGGAGCGUGCCGAAAUGCUGGACAUCAAGGUGGAGGGCGGAAAGGGUGCAAAGGGUGGGGCCAAGAAGGGCGGGGCCAGGAACAAGAACAAGGUGUUGGUCACUGACUACCUGCCGUCGCCGAUCGCCCGCCGUGUCGCGCCAGUCAUCUCCGACGAGUUCAAGAAGAAGGUGGAGAAAGCAGCUGCUGCUAAAGAGAACAAGGGCAAAUCCAAAGCGGUCAGUUUAUUUAUCAUCUAUCUAUAUCCUAUUAUAACGUGCUAUAAAUUUUCGGCUCUAAAUUUAAUUUUUUCCAAAUAUGGCUUAGUGUUUUUAUGUUUUGUUUUGGUUUUGUAUAUGUUUGGACUUUUUAACAUAUCGGCUACUAGUGAGAGCGAAAUGGCAUCACUCGUGAUGACGUCACGGACGUUCACUUUGUGAAUCUGUGAGUGCCCA